GCAAGGUACUCCCACCCUUUCAGCCAUCCCCCCACACCCGCUCAUCUUCUUCCCUUUUAAUAAACACAUAAAUCUCACAUCACCACUUCCCCUUCCUACACACACACACACACACUCUUCACUCUCUCUUUUUCUCUGAUCCUCCGCCAUGGCCACCUCGACGGCGCCCCUGAAAGACGAGCUAGACAUCGUGAUACCGACCAUCCGAAACCUCGACUUCCUAGAGAUGUGGAGACCCUUCCUCCAGCCUUACCACCUCAUCAUCGUCCAAGACGGCGACCCUUCCAAGACCAUCAGAGUCCCCGACGGCUUCCACUACGACCUCUACAACCGCAACGACAUCAACCGCAUCCUCGGCCCCAGGGCCUCCUGCAUCUCCUUCAAGGACUCCGCCUGCCGCUGCUUCGGCUACAUGGUCUCCAAGAAGAAAUACAUCUUCACCAUCGAUGACGACUGCUUCGUUGCAAGCGACCCUUCAGGCAAACCGAUCAACGCACUAGACCAACACAUCAAGAAUCUCUUGUGCCCGUCAACCCCUCUCUUCUUCAACACGCUGUACGACCCCUUUAGGGAGGGAGCCGACUUCGUCCGGGGAUACCCUUUCAGCCUCAGAGAAGGCGUCCCCACCGCCGUCUCUCAUGGCCUCUGGCUCAACAUCCCUGAUUACGACGCCCCAACGCAGCUCGUCAAGCCACGCGAGAGAAACACCAGGUAUGUGGAUGCAGUGAUGACGAUACCAAAGGGCACCCUGUUCCCCAUGUGCGGGAUGAAUCUAGGGUUCGACCGCGACCUCAUCGGGCCGGCCAUGUACUUCGGCCUCAUGGGAGACGGACAGCCCAUCGGCCGCUACGACGACAUGUGGGCUGGUUGGUGCAUCAAGGUGAUCUGUGAUCAUUUGGGAUUGGGAGUGAAGACAGGGCUGCCCUACAUUUGGCACAGUAAAGCUAGCAAUCCCUUUGUGAAUCUGAGAAAAGAGUACAAUGGGAUAUUCUGGCAAGAAGAGAUCAUCCCUUUCUUCCAGUCAGCCACGCUUUCGAAGGACUCAACUAGUGUGCAGAAGUGCUACAUCGAGCUAGCCAAACAGGUCAAGGAGAAGCUCGGCAAAAUCAACCCCUAUUUUGCCAAGCUGGCCGAUGCAAUGGAGACGUGGAUUCAGGCGUGGGAUGAUCUCAAUCCACCUACCAAGCAUGCUCCUACUGCUAAGCCUAAGUGAUCAUGUUUACUCUACAAAUAUCCUCAUUUUUGUUAUUCCUCUGAUUUUGUACUCUAGGCUACUAGGUCAUGCAAGGGAGUGUUACAUAUUUUUAUGAUUUGAAAAAUAAUAUAAGAAACACUAGCAUAUAUCUUAACCAAUUAAUAC